AUGGCUGCUGUUUUCCCAAGAACGUGUUACAAAUGUGGUGAAGCUGGCCACGUUGCUGACGAUUGCACUCAAGAAGAAAGAUUGUGCUACAACUGCCGUAAACCAGGCCACGAAUCAGGUGAUUGUCCAGAACCAAAGCAAAACAACACUAAGCAGUGUUACUCUUGUGGUGAUGUAGGUCACAUUCAAACCGAAUGUCCUAACCAAUCUCAAGGAGCCAAGUGUUACAACUGUGGUCAAUUUGGUCACAUCUCAAAGGAAUGUGACCAAGCUCCAACUGGAAAUGCUGCUCCUUUCAGAAAGGCUUAUGGUCCAAGAGGUGGCUCAGCUGCAGGUACCACCUGUUACAAGUGUGGUGGUCCAAACCAUUUUGCUAGAGACUGCCAAGCUGGAAACGCCAAGUGUUAUGCUUGUGGUAAGCCUGGACACAUCUCCAAGGACUGUCACUCUGCUGCUGGCGGUGCUUCUGCUGGUGCCAAGGCUUGUUACAACUGUGGAAAGCCAGGCCACAUUUCAAGGGAAUGUACCGCUUAA